CAGAAGGCAGGAUUACUCGCGCAUGCGCAUACAUCUACUUCCCUGCUGUCUGUCAUGUGAAACUACUACUAGUGAUGUUUCAAACUCUGAGUGUUUGCAGAAAGCAAAUCGGAGCCGCAAAAGUGAAUCCACUCUGGGUUUUUACGCGAAGCAUGGGCAGUUUAAGCGGAGAAAACCGCUCCAUCCAUUCAGACAACAUCCAGGACGUUCAUAACAUCCCAAUGGAUGUGAUCAUACGACCCAUUCCGCCUGUUCUAGACGAGCAGAAAGUCCAAAGCCUCAUGACCACCAUACAGGAGGACGCAGAUAUUUCAGUUGUGCCUCCUAUAGACGUGCUUUGGAUCACAGGAGAAAAAGGAGGCAAUUAUUAUUAUUCUUUUGGAGGAUGCCAUCGAUUUGCUGCCUAUCAGAGGUUAAAGAUAAAAUCCAUACCAGCCAAGAUCAUCAAAUCUAAUAUCUCAGACUUGCGCACAUACCUGGGAGCAUCUACGCCGAACCUGCUGUGAUCCAACACAUCUUUUAUAUUGUUUGAGACGCACCCAAUAGUGAGGCUUUUUCUUACACUGAUAAAGAAAGUAGACUUUUUGCUUUGAAAAAGGCACUUUGACGGUCCUGGUUAAGGAAAUAUUCACACAAGUUAUCAUUUCGUGUCAGUUCCUCUUCUCUGGUUUUAUCUGUAAAGGUGUUUCAUUCUUAUGAAUCAAAGCUUUGUUACAACUGUUACCUGACAUAUUUUUAUUUCUUUUAAUCACAACAUAUUUUUUGCUUGGUCGCUAUAUGUUUCAAGUCACGAUGACUAAACAGAUCUUUUUCAUCUGUUAAUGCUUAGUCUGACCAUUAGAUGGCAGCAUUACAAUACUCAUUGAUUACAGCAGGGCUUCCCAAACUUUUUUUUUGUCAGUGAAACCCUCCAGUCUGAUCUAAAAUAUUAACUUUAAGUAACUUUAAGAGAUUAUAAGUAGAUAUUUAACUACUUUAACAACACAUUUGCACUGUUAUUGGUUAAUAUGACGUAGUCAAUAAAAUAUUUAGUCCUUUCUAGUUAGUGUUUUAUUGUUAUUAUUAUUUACUGCUAUUAUUUUAAGAUUAUUUAUAGUAUUUUCUUUUUUAUUAGUUAUUUAACUUUUCAUCAACUCAUGGACUCCUGUUCAGUUUGGGAAGGCUUUGAGUAGAGUAUGAAAUUUUGUCCAAUGAUAUUAGUAGGCCAACCUGAAAUGCUAAAUAAUUUCUGUGAUUUUACCAGAAAAAAAACAAAAAAAAAAACAACGUUAAAAGGUUUUAUUUUGUUCUAUUUUAUGAAUGCAUUUGCUUUGUUUAAAAAAAAAAAAUGGUGUAAUGGUAAAAAUAGAUGAGCACAGAAAAUAAGAUGACCACAGGCGUGUGCUGGUCUGGUGACCAUUGGACUUGGUUAUGCUCUGUGCUCUGAACCACAGCAUUGAGAUUGAGUCUCUCGGUUAGACUGACAUAGCCUGUAUUCUUUCCAGAUCUGCUGUGAAUAUUAAAAGCUGAACAUCUUAAUCAUAAAAUUUUAAUAAUUACUGCAUACAAUGUGUUUUGUGUAUUUGUAGAUAUGCUAAAUUCACAGCAUUUUUUAUAAAUAAUUUUUUUUUACGUGCCAGUGGAGGGGCAUGAGAAUUGUAGGACAUUCUCUGAAGCUCAUCCAUAAUGGCAGGACAUUUUGGGGGUCAUGUGUCAUGAGAACUGGCCAGCGUUUUUCUCCUCUGCAGGCUGGAGUGAAGGAAAAGAAUGAAUACAGCCACUCAGUUUUAUUACACAGCUAUAUAUAGAUGGAUUGAGGCUCACAGUCAGACUGAUGUCGAGGAAAUAUAGUGGAACCACUGAAUUAUCUGACACGAAAACUUCUCUCACAGUCAUUUCUGCUCUCAGCUGUUGUCUAGAGGAGAUCAGAGGACGGGCACCUCGGAUUUCUUUCUUGUAACCGCAUUUCACUUCCUUUUGACUUUUGACCUUGGCCUAAUAUCCAUAGCAAAAGGCCUCUCAGACUUUACAACUACGAUGACUGGCGCUUUUGAAAACCCAGAUUCACAGGUGGCUCAGUCAGUAAUAAUACAAUAAAAAUGAUGACAAAUCUUUUGGAUUUGUAGGAAUUUUAUGAGACUUUUUUUGUGUGUUUCUAAACUUUGAAACUGUUUGUAUGGUAUGGCUUCAUUAGACAAAUAAAAUCCUUUGCAAAUGUCAGCAGCUCCAAAAUUUUUAAGUGACCCAUGCACUCUCCGAAAAAAAAAAGGUACAAAAGCUUUUUGUUUUGUAUUGUAUUGUAUGUAACAGUUAAAAUAUUCUUCAAAAUAUAUUUUGUACUCCACAAAAGAAAGAAAGUCAUACAGGUUUGGAACGACACAAGAUUUAAUUUUUUGGGUGAACUGUCCCUUUAAGAGAUGUGAUUGUUAUAGCAACAGAGUUUAGCUGGACACAGCAGCUGCUGAUUGCAGGAAUCAUCUCUUUACAGCCGCGUCCUUUGAUCGUGGAGGAAGGUACAGGCCUGUGAUUGGCGAUUACUACCUUGUAGAUCUCUGCUGGAAGACAACAGAGUUUCUCCACUGGCGAUAUACGAGUCCCUGGGGUGCUGGCCCUGAUCUUGGCCUCCCUUUGGGGCUCCUCAGGAAGUGAAGAGGGGGCCCAGGGCCUCGGCGGAACAAACCUGCCCGACUGUAAAUUUCUGGCAAAAGAAUGGUCGCGUGUGAGAAGACUUCCUGUGGUUUCCAUACGGUCUGGAAAAAAAUGUAUCCUUAGAAGUCUCCUGACACGCAAAACCCUUGAUUGAGGAGACACAAAGAAAGAGAGGCAGACACACAACCAAUCUGGGAAGUGUGGGCUGCACCUGCUGCUUUUUGGGGAAAUAAAGGAAGCUGUAAGAUUGUCUCCUACAUCCCAAAAAAAUGUUCUUCCUAACUAAGAGGACAGAGACAAAGAAUGACAGAUGGUGGGAGAAGAAACGGAUCCAGGUACUUAAGGCAACAUUAACACAUAAGUAUGUUGUUUGAAAGUCUCAUGAAUAUUUCAGCCUCACAAGCACCUGUCAUUGUACUGGUGUAAUUCUACUCUGCUUCUGACAGGCAUGAAAAAUCAUCUCUCUUAAGACAAACCCAGUCUGGACACAAGACACAGGAUUUCACCUCGAUGCAGAUCUUCCUUCCUCUUGUUGAAAUUAUGAUAUUUUGUAUAAAUUGCUAUAUUUAUGCACAACUUACCAUUUAUAUAUGUUGCUGAUGAUGUCAUUCACAAACAAACUUUUAUAAUAUUUAUCUAACUUGCUGUUGAUUGUAGGACAGUCUGUUUCAUCAUAAGAUUGAGUUAUGAGAUUUUGAUUAAAAAAUACAAUGUGAAAAAUGAAA